AUGGGAAAGGAUGCAGAUUAUUGGAAAAAAAGACGGGCAGCGUUCAUUUUAGAUAUUGACCCUAAGUUGGCUAAGCAGAGAGAUAAAAAUGACACGUACAAGAGAUUUAGACACUUGCUCAGCCUGACGGAUUUGUUUCGGCAUUUUAUAAGCCUUAGGGCCAAACAGGAUAAGAAGAUACAGAAGCUUUUGAAAGGUUUGGACUCGGGGACGAAAAGGAGGAAGAACAGUGGUGACGGGUCUCGCCACCACAGGAAAAGCGAAAAAGAAGAGGACGCAGAGCUGAUGGCCGGAGAGGCGAAUGAAGGAGAUGAAGAUCUUGAGGACCCGAAUUUUAUCUCGGAAUCGCCUUCGUACAUCCGGCACGGGAAAUUGCGGGACUACCAAAUUCAAGGUUUGAACUGGUUGAUCUCGCUGCAUGAAAACAAGCUCUCCGGCAUUCUUGCAGAUGAAAUGGGGUUAGGGAAGACUUUGCAGACAAUCUCGUUCUUGGGAUAUCUGAGAUACAUCAGGGGCGUCGACGGGCCAUUCCUGGCCAUUGUACCAAAGUCGACGCUGGAUAACUGGAGGCGAGAGUUUGCCAAAUGGACUCCGGAUGUCAAUGCUAUAGUGCUACAUGGCGAUAAGGAAGCUAGACAGGAAAUUCUACAAGAUGUGAUUCUGCAAGCAAAGUUUGACGUACUGAUAACGUCUUAUGAGAUGGUCAUAAAGGAAAAGAGCACGCUAAAGAGGAUUGCCUGGCAAUACAUCAUUAUUGAUGAAGCUCACCGUAUAAAGAACGAGCAGAGUGCUCUUUCUCAAAUCAUCAGAUUAUUUUAUUCCAAGAAUCGUUUACUAAUAACAGGGACGCCACUUCAGAAUAACCUGCAUGAACUUUGGGCUCUGCUCAACUUUCUGUUACCUGAUGUUUUUGGAGAUUCAGCGGUCUUCGAUGAAUGGUUUGAGCAGAACAACAGUGAAGAGGAUCAGGACGUCGUUGUGCAGCAGCUGCACACUGUGUUGAACCCUUUCCUGCUUAGAAGGGUGAAAGCUGAUGUCGAAAAAUCUCUGCUGCCGAAAAUUGAGACCAACCUAUAUGUGGGCAUGACAGAAAUGCAAAUACACUGGUACAAAUCUCUGCUUGAGAAGGACAUAGAUGCGGUCAAUGGAGCUGUAGGGAAGCGUGAAGGUAAGACUAGAUUGUUGAACAUCGUGAUGCAACUGAGGAAAUGCUGCAACCAUCCUUAUCUAUUUGAAGGUGCCGAACCAGGCCCGCCUUAUACUACUGAUGAACACCUUAUUUUCAACGCGGGAAAGAUGAUCGUUCUAGAUAAGUUGCUGAAGCGAUUAAAGGAAAAGGGCUCAAGAGUACUCAUUUUUAGUCAAAUGUCAAGACUGCUGGAUAUUCUUGAAGACUACUGCUAUUUCAGAGACUACGAUUACUGCCGAAUCGAUGGGUCUACAUCCCACGAGGAACGUAUAGAGGCCAUUGACGACUUCAACGGGCCAGAGUCGAGCAAAUUUAUCUUCUUACUCACUACCAGGGCUGGUGGCCUUGGUAUAAACUUGGUUACUGCUGAUACCGUUAUAUUAUAUGAUUCUGACUGGAACCCGCAAGCCGAUCUGCAAGCCAUGGAUAGGGCUCAUAGAAUUGGACAAAAGAAGCAAGUUCAUGUGUACAGAUUCGUUACAGAAAACGCUAUCGAGGAAAAGGUCAUCGAAAGGGCAGCUCAAAAAUUACGACUUGAUCAGCUGGUUAUUCAGCAAGGUUCCGGUAAAAAGACACCAAAUGUGGGCAAUAAUAAGGAUGAUUUGUUAGAGAUGAUACAGUACGGUGCAAAAGACAUGUUCGAGAAGAAGUCUUCUAACAUAAGCGUGGACGAAGACAUUGAGGAAAUUCUCAAAAAGGGCGAUAGAAAGACCAAGGAGCUCAAUGCAAAAUACCAGGCUCUGGGCUUGGAUGAUCUACAGAAGUUUAAUGGCAUGGAAAACCAAUCCGCAUACGAAUGGAACGGUAAAAAUUUCCAAAAGAAAUCAGAGGACAAAGUGACUGAGUGGAUCAAUCCGUCGAGAAGGGAAAGGAGGAGAGAACAGCAAACGUAUUCAGUCGAUGACUACUACAAGGAGAUCAUUGGCGGCAACCAAAAGGGCUCACAAAAGCCCUCCGUUAAGUCGACACCUCAACCAAGAGCGCCACGACCCCCUAAGUAUGUUCAGGGACAGGACUUUCAAUUCUUUCCUCAGGAGCUGGAACUGCUUCAGAAGAAAGAGCAACUUUCCUUCAAAAGAAAGACAAAUUAUAAGGUAACCAUAUAUGAUAUAAGAGACAAAAUUGAUGGGGACAACUGGCGGGAAACGGAAGAUGACGAAGCUGAAGAUAGGGAGUACGAUGAGGAAACCAAAAAAUUAAUCGAUGAAAUGCAGGCAGAAAUCAACAACGCCGAGGAUUUCAGUAGCGAUGACGAAGAGAAAAAGCAGCAUCUCAUUUCUCAAGCUUUCACCAAUUGGACGAAGCGUGAUCUAAUGUCUUUUGUUAGCGCAUGCGCUAAAUUUGGAAGAGACAAUAUCGAUAUGAUAAGCCAGUCUAUCGGAACCAAGGAUCCUCAAGAAGUCAAAAGAUAUUUCAAAACAUUUUGGGAGCGGUACAGAGAAAUAAAUGGAUAUGAAAAGUACCUGGCUACUAUAGAAAAUGGUGAAAAGAAAAAUGAAAGGUUAAAGCACCAAGAGGCCUUGUUACGGCGAAAAGUACAACAGUACAACUAUCCUUUGCAUGAAAUGACUAUCGUGUAUCCACCGAACAAUGCGAGAAGAACGUACAACACUCUUGAAGACAAAUUUAUACUAUUGACCUUGAGCAAGUACGGACUGUUUGCGGACAAAUUAUACGAUAAAUUAAAACAGGAGAUUAUGGCGAGUAAUUUGUUUACAUUCGACUGGUUCAUUAAAACAAGAUCUCUGCAUGAUUUGUCCAAGAGAUCGAAUACUCUUUUGACUAUGAUAACCAGGGAAUAUGAGUCUCCAGAUGCUCUAAAGAAGAAGAGGUUGAAGGUACAAGGAAGAGAAGAUGGAGUCAGUUCGCAUGAUCCGAGCGACGCCAACCGUCUAACGCAAUCCAUGGAACCCCCGUUGAAGAAGACCAGAUCUGGCUCCGCUGAUCAUUUGUCGUAG